AUGGCGACGGAACGCACCGGCAUCAUCCGGGGUCUUAACAGCGGCCACAAAACCACCCCCCGCGCUGUCAAGCCCCGUGUCUCCCGCACCAAGGGUCACCUCAGCAAGAAGACCGCUUUCGUCCGUGAGAUCGCCAAGGAGGUUUCUGGUCUCGCCCCCUACGAGCGCCGCAUCAUUGAGUUGCUCCGCAACCAGAAGGACAAGCGUGCCCGUAAGCUUGCCAAGAAGCGGCUCGGUACCUUCGGCCGUGGCAAGAGAAAGGUCGAUGAGCUGCAGAAUGUGAUUGCGGAGGCCAGAAGAACCGGCGCUCACUAA